AUUUUGAAAUUAGAUUAUGGCUCCAUACUUUUGUUCUUCUGAAUUUUGAAAUUCACAUCCUGCUUUCAUUUCUCUCUCUCUUCGGAUCCGAGUUCUCUUUCAUCUUGUUCAAGAAAAAACCCUAAAAUCACAAAAUGGUGUCAUAGUAGAAUGGAAAUUGGAUGCUAGAUCUGGAACAAAUAUGGGUUUGCAAAGAGAGAGCGAGCAAAUGUGAGAAAGAGGGAGAAAAUCGGUGGCAUUUGGCUCUGGUUUUGAAUUUUGAAACAGGAUUUUGGCUCCACAAAACCUUGACACGGCUUUUCAUUACACCGCCCAUUCUCUCUCUACAGCAACAAUCGUUUUUCAUCUCCAGUCGUUCACCAGCCAUCCACCGCUGCAGGUAUGAAAAUAUUCCUUUAUAUUGAACUCUUGAGUCCCCAAUUAGUCAUUCUUGUUCUGUUCUGGUUUAGAUCUACAAUUUUCACUUUGACGGUAUCAUUACUCUUGUUCAGUGUUGGUUCAGAUCUACGGUUUUCUCAUUCGAAAUGGUUCUUAGAUCUAGAUGCUUACGGGCGAUUCACCGUACGGUUCUGAAUCCCUAACCUUGGUUUGCUCAUCUUUGUUAUUGUUUAUGGAUAUGGUGGUGGUUCUUGCGUCUCAACAAAUGAUGUUCUUCCCCUAUGGUCAUCAAGGACUUUAUUCCACUGGUUGGUGAGGAUUUGAAGAAAUUGUUGUUAGUCACUUUCAUCUCUAUGAAUUAGCUGCUGGAGACUUGUAAGUGUCUCUCUAUUAUCGUGUUAAUAUUCGAGUUUCAAGAUUGUAAGACAAUCUUAGGGUAGGCAUUCUUGUGGCAUUAACUGCAAUAGACCACCAUUUGUUGUUAGGGGGUUGGAUACGAUAUGUAAGUGAUUUUCUUAUUACCGAAACAGUGUUAACAAUCUGAAAACUAACGGAAGUUGUUAAUUGCUCAGCUAGAACAGGACUAGACAUGCUGGCAAAGCACUAUACAGAUGCUGUUAGAUUCGAUAUUGUUUUCUUCUUGCCUGAUAGUGAAGAAGAUUUUGCUUCUUACACAGUAUGGUAUGGAUUAUUCAGCGAUUGAAAGUAUCGAUUACAUCGUAUGGUAUGGUAAUAGACCUGUUUUCAUCACUGAUGCCAGGUUUAAUACUAUUCAUUUCUUUGAUUAAGAUGAUUAUAUUGUUUCUUUGUUUUUGUGUUGAUGUUUGUCAUCAUUUUUUCAGGUAACCCGCAACAAUGUGCUUCUUUUCUUUUAUAUAUUAUUUUAUAGCAUAAUUAUGUUGCUGGUUGUAUUUUAAUGAUUACUUGAUAGGUUCUGGCUAUAAAGAUAUGCAGUUUUUUUGGAAUCUGAUAGAUAUAUUAAUUGAAAAUGCAGGCUUUGGCUAUAAAGGGGUUGGAAAAUCAUGCCUGUUAUUGCAGUUCACAGACAAACGUUUUCAACCAGUUCAUGAUUUGACCAUUGGUGUUGAAUUUGGGGCCUGGAUGAUCACAAUCGACAACAAGCCAAUAAAACUUCAGAUCUGGGAUACGGUGGGUCAAGAAUCGUUCAGGUCUAUAACACGCUCAUACUACAGAGGCGCUGCGGGUGCGCUUCUGGGUAGGAACCAGUUCCGGGGUACAUUCAGGUAUUUGACCGGUUUUUUUUUCGGGUUUUGGCCAUGUCAAGUCCGGGUUUUGGCCGUGUAGAGGUGGAACUGGGUCUGGUGGUUCCGGGUCGGGUUGGGUUGGGUCGGGUCGGGUUCGAUUUCUUUUUCUACACCCGGGUCUGGAACUGGUAUGUACUCGCGGGUCGGGUAGGAUAGGAACCGGUUCUGGGUAUUUUGUGCAUCUCUAGCAUAGUUCUUAAUGGGAAAUAGCGACAAAUAGCGGGCGCAUGUGGUUGAGUCAUUUGGGUUUUUGGGCGCAUGGAGGGCGUCUACUUCUGGUCAAGCUUUCCCGCAAUGUGUGUUUGAUCAUUGGGACAUGAUGUCAUUUGACCCGAUGGAAGUCGGGUCACAGGCAAGUACACUCGUGACGUAGAUUCGUAAGAGGAAGGGUUUGAAGGAGCAGAUGACACCGCUUUCGGGGAGUUUGAGGACAAGCUGUGAGUCACAGUUCUUGUUUGUUUUGGUUUUACAACUUUGCUAUGUUUUAUUUUAGUUAUGACAUUUUGAUCUAUUUUUAUUGAUCUUAUUUUAUUGUUGGUCAUUGUGCUUUAAAGGCUUCGGAUAUUAUGUUUGGAUCUUUGAGUAAUAGACUUCAAUUGGAAUUGUA